GUAGGAAUACUGACUUUUCUGAUUCAAUGGCUAACACAAACCAAAAUACCAUACCAAAAACAAGGAGCAUCACAAGUAUUUUCCGGCAUCGGAUGGGAACCGAAAAGAAAAAUUCGGAAUACGACGACUUGCUGGAGAAAAGCAACAUAGUCGGAGCAAUCCAUAGAGAAAGGGAAGAAAAAGAGAUCAUAGAAAUACUGAUGAAAGAACCUGCUGGUGAAAACGGUGAUCCUCCUGUGGUUGCCAUUACGGGGAUUGCAGGAAUAGGGAAGACAACACUUGCUCUCCUCGUUUGCGAAGACGACAAAGUCAAAGGCCGUUUCGGAUCGCCGAUUUGGUUAAAUGCCGCUGGCAAAACAUUUGAUGAGCUGGCAUCCAUUGCAGGACCUGUAAGGAACCCCUCCUUGCUUGUGCUUGACGAUUUAAGAGGUGAGAUUAGUGUGAGCGAGUUAAGGAAGCAUGAUGUCUCCGUUGGAGCAGGAGCAAUAAUCGUAACUACACGUCGCACACAGCAGAGUCUUGGUGACAAACCUAUGCAUGUUUUGCCCUUGAAGGGGCUCGAUGGAGAACAGAGUCUGUCUCUGUUCACAAGUCUCGGAAGCAGUAACAAACACAAGGAGGAAAUAAGAGAAAUUCUGCCCAACUGCAACGGAGUCCCUCUAGCCAUAAAGCUUGUGUCGACAUUUCUGGAGUCCAGGGCCGGGACUCUCCAAGAAGCUAAACUCAGCGAGUUGCUUCCGCGGCGGUUGAUGCUCCAGCCUCAUGAAGUACAGUUACUUGCUUAUGUUUCCCUUUUCCCUGAUGACUAUUUGAUCCAUCCUGAUAGAUUAAUUCAUCUCUGGAUCGCCGAAGAAUUCGCCCCGCCGAAAGAAUCUUGGCGUCAGGUUAUCGAUGACUUCGUUGACUCAGGUAUAUUCCAAGACGUGAAACGAGAGGAGGAUGGUGACGGCGUAGUGAAGAGCUGCAGAGUGCACCCUUACAUGCAGGAGCUGGCAUGCUUUGUCGCCAAGAAAAAGAAAGGCGAGUUUAUCACCACCGGCAUUGGCGAGUCCCAGCCGCUUCUACGAGCUUCGUUUGAUAUGAGGUUAGCCGAUUCCGUUUCGAAACUUGAAUUGUUCCUUAAGGAGGAGAAGAGAUCGAAGGAUCUGAGGACCAUUCUUUUUCAUGGAAUGGUUGAGUCUCCUCUUGUACUUGGCAACCAGCAAGCGGAGCGCAUGAAUGAGUACACUUGCGAUAAGGUGUUGUCCACUUGCAAGGCCUUGUGCGUGUUGGAUCUGCAACAUUUGGGGAUGAAUAUGGUUCCAAGCUCAAUUGGAAAGCUGAAGGACUUAACAUAUAUUGAUCUUUCCCAUAAUAACAUAGAGAAGCUUCCCAAUUCCAUUACCAAGCUUUCCAAAUUGAAGACGCUGAAACUUUCCCAGUGUCACCUCCUCGAGGAAUUGCCCAAGGACUUGAAGGAUCUAACUAAGCUCACACAUCUUCACAUCGACGGUUGCGUUAAUAUUCAGAGCAUGCCGCGUGGAAUAAGCAACCUGAAAUCUCUUCAAACUUUGUCCCACUUUGUUGUUGGAAAGAACGAACCUAUCGCAUGCCAUGAGGAACUCAAGGAUCUCAACGAGUUGAGUGGGCACUUGGAAAUUAUGUACCCGGAGAGGUUGAAAUUCCAAGAUUCAUCAUCAAAAUGGAUGAACCAAAAAAAGCACCUUCGCCGACUCACUUUUAGAUUGGAUCAACACGACAAGGGAAACGAGCAGGACCAGGAAAAAGCGCUGCAAGUUCUUGAACCGCAUACGAAUCUGACCGUACUACACGUUGUAGGCUACAAAGGUAACAAAUUUCCUAGCUGGAUUCCUUCCCUCGAUUGCCUCGUCAAGCUCAGUUUGUACAACUGUUCCACACCGGAACCUCUCCCCCGGUUGGAUAAACUUCAAAGACUCGAGGUUCUCGAGCUUCGGAGGAUGCAUUCUCUGAGAUUCGUUGCAGAAGAAUGUGACGACAGCGUUCAUCGGGUAUUUCCAUCGUUGAAGAAGCUAACACUCUGGGACUGUCCUAAACUCGAGAGUUGGUGGAGAAACGAUAAUAACACUGAUGGAGAAAGCAGAAACUCAAUCAUCUUCAGCUGCAUAUCAAGUUUACAGAUCCAGUACUGUCCUAACUUGACUCGCAUGCCACUAUAUCCUACUCUUGACGAAAUUUUGGUGUUGGUGGAUUCAAGCGUGGAACCAAUGCGGGAUACAAUACACUAUGGAGAAUCCAAUCCUACUCUUAGCGAACUUUUGGUGUUGGAGAAUUCAAGCGUGGAACCAAUGCGGGAUACAAUACACUAUGGAGAAUCCAAAACGGCUAAAGAAGCAAAAGUAGUUCCAUUCUCCAAGUUGAAGUCCAUGUCCAUAGCAAGCAUUCAGAAAUCCCCACCGGAGCGAUGGCUCGUGAAAUUUACUUCCCUUGAGAAACUCCACAUUCGAGAUUGCUUGCAAUUAGAGGUUCUGCCCUCAGGUUUCAAGCUUUUGAAGUCGCUGCAGAGCCUCACCAUUGAGACCUGCCCCGUUCUUGAUCUUGACCGAUCCCCUGACGAAUGGGAGGGUCUAGAAAAGCUUAAUUCCCUGAUCAUAAGGGAAAUCCCCAAGCUCAAGUCCCUUCCAAUGGGACUGGAAAAGGUUAAGUCUUUGCGAGAAAUCAGGCUUCAUGAUUGUGCGGGGUUAACCUCUCUGCCGGAAAAGAUAGGCAAUCUCACCUCACUUGUUAGACUAGAGAUUUGUCAAUGUGAGAAUUUGGCUUCCUUGCCCAAAGGAAUUGAAAAGCUCGAAUCUCUGGAUACCCUGAUCAUUAAGGACUGCCCCUUGUUAAUGCCAAGGUGUCAACCUUAUACCGGUAAUGACUGGCCAAAGAUUGCUCAUUUGAAAAAUGUUGUGGUGAAACAAACUUCUCAAGACUUUGGGCUUGGGAAAUUAAGGAUGUAAUACUUUCAUUACUGCAUUUGUAUUGUACAUUAUCAUAUGAUUGUGUGUUAUUUAUUGCAA